AUGGUUAACAUUUUCGGCACCGAGUGUCGAAACUGGAGUGCCAGAACCCAGAAAUUGGGAAACUCUUGGUUUUUACACAGCUACAGGUAUGAGGUAUUUUCUUCCUCCUCCAAUUCAACUAUCAGCGUCAUCCCAUGUCUGCAGGAUCGAAACUCAGGCUUGGAAAGAACUCAGACAAAAAUUCAGACAGGGUGCGAAAAAGAAGCCGGCAUUUCCAUGUGGAUCUACGUUUUGCUUGGAAACCUACUACGGGGAAUCGGAGAAACACCGAUCCAGCCUUUGGGAAUCGCGUAUAUUGAUGACUACGCCCCGGAAGAGAGUGUGCCCUUCUACAUUGGUACUGUUGAAGACAGGGAGUUCCUGCCUUCCUUGAAAAGCCUCCUUGGAAAUCCAGUUUACUUCUUAUAUCUCUGCUCCAGCAUCGUCCAGUUCAAUUCUCUCAUUGGCAUGGUGACCUAUAAGCCAAAAUAUAUUGAACAACAGUUUGGACAGUCAUCUUCCAAGACCAAUUUUAUCAUAGGUAUGGUUGAGGAGGUGCUGGUGGCUGGGAAUGAAGCAGAUGCUACUUUCAAUAAGCCAAUUUCCUCCUAUGAACAAACUCUGUUUUCAGAGUGCAAUGCAGGAUGUGCAUGUUCCAAAAAUGAGUGGGAUCCUAUAUGUGGAGAAAAUGGGAUCACAUAUAUCUCAGCUUGCCUCGCUGGUUGUAAAACAUCCAAUGGAAGCGGGAAAAACAUGAUAUUUUAUGACUGUAGCUGUGUGGAUUUCCCGGAGGCUUCACCAAGGCAUUCUUCAGCAAUCUUGGGUCCUUGUCCACAAGGAAAAGAAUGCUCCAAAAUGUUUCUCUAUUUUUUGGUGAUAUCUGUAAUCGCUUCCUAUACCUUGUCAGUUGGAGGAACUCCAGGAUAUAUUUUGCUUCUCAGAUGUAUUAAUCCUCAGCUGAAAUCUUUUGCCCUGGGCAUCUAUACUUUAACUGUAAGAGUCCUUG